AUGUGUUUCAAGGCCUCUUCUUCGCUCCUCUCUCUCACCAUCUUACUCGGUGUAUCAUCCAUUGUAUCAGCGGUAAACAUAACCAGAGCACUCGAUAAAUAUCCUGAAUUCAGCACCAUGACCGAGCUUUUAGCCAAGGCCAAGCUCACACCAAUUAUCAACAAACGUCAGACAAUCACCUUGUUAGCUCUUAGCAACGAUGCUAUCGGUUCCAUCUCCGGUCGAGCCGAGGACGAGCUCAAAAACAUUCUUAUGAACCAUGUGGUUCUUGACUUCUACGAUGGGCUCAAACUAAAGGCUAUUAAGGACAAGAGCACAAUGCUCACCACCCUUUACCAAUCCACCGGUUUAGGCCAACAACAAAACGGGUUUCUCAGGUGCUCCAAAACUAACGGAAAGAUUUACUUCGGGUCUGCUGUGAAAGGCGCUCCUCAAACCGCUGAGUACAUCACGACCGUGUUCCGUAACCCAUUCAAUCUCUCUAUUGUCCAAAUAAGCAUGCCCAUUGUGGCUCCUGGACUCGGGGAUCCGGUUAAGGUUCCACCACCACCACCCGUGUCUUCAUCACCGGCUCCAUCUCCCAAUGAGGCUGCAGACGCUCCAGCUCCUGGACCAGCUGAGGAAGAGGGUUACGCAGAUUCUCCUCCCGGUGCAGCUCCAGAAACCGCACCUGCAUCAGCCCCAUCAAAAGAUGGUUCUCCUGCUCCGGCCCCAUCAAAAGAUGGUUCUCCUGCUCCGGCCCCAGAGAAAGCUGGUAAGAAGAAGAUGGAAGCAGCUGAUGAGGUUGAACCACCUUCUUCUGCCUCUAACACCGGUUUGAGCUUUGGUGGAAUUCUCGUUCUCAGUUUUGUGGCUAGCUUUGCUGGAUUCUAA